CGCCGCGCGCGGCGUUGCGGCCAAGAUGGCGGCGCGGGGCUGGUGAGGCGGCGCGGGGCUGGUGAGGCAGCGCGGUGCGAUGGAGCCCGCAGCGCUCGGGCGGCUGCGGCGGCUGCUGCCCGCCGGCCCGGGAGUCCCGCGGCUCGGCCGCGCCCUGGCGCCGUCCCGCGGCGGGCAGGCGGGCGCCGGUGUACCUGCGCGGGCGCGCCGCGACCUGUACGAGGUGCUGGGGGUCCCGGCCACAGCGACGGCGGCGCAGAUCAAGACGGCGUACUACGAGCAGUCGUUCCGCUAUCACCCCGACCGCAACGCCGGGAGCGCCGCCGCCGCCGCUCGGUUCGCCGCCGUCAGCGAGGCCUACCGGGUGCUGGGCAGCGCCACCCUGCGCCGCAAGUACGACCGCGGGCUCCUCAGCGCCGAGGACCUGCGCGGCGCCCCGCAGCCCUCGGGCCGCACGCCCGCCCCGGCCCCGCCGCCGCCCCGGUCCCCCGCAGCCUCCCGCCGCGGGCCCGUCCCGCCGCCCUUCGACUUCGAUGCCUUCUACCGAGCGCACUACGGGGAGCAGCUGGAGCGGGAGCGGCUGCUGCGGGCGCGGCGGGAACAGCUGCGCCUCCACCGGGAGGAGGCCGCGGCCCAAGGACGCUUUCGGCUCUUCUCUGACCUUUCCGUCGGGCUCCUCUUCCUUCUGGGUAUCGCUCUCCUCUACGGCCUCAAGUGACAGCGGGGCCACGGCCGGGCUGCGUGGCUGCCAGGCGACAGUGUCACCAGGGGGUAUGGCAGCUGGCUGGGGGCAUCCCCUGCGCUCUCACAGUCGGCAGGCAUCGUGUGCAGGGUCUGCUGCCCGGGCUGUGACACUUCCCCUCUGCUGGUGAGACCUUCAGAGCCGGUACAUGACAGCAGGCUCCCUGUGCAGGCCCUGCUCCAUGAGCUGUGAGCAGACCCCUCCGCCAGCCUGACCUUCAGACACGGCAGGCAACAGUCAGGCGCGGUACACACGAUGUGACCUCUGGAAGAGUGACCUGUUGAUGGCGUGUGACCACUGGAUAUCAUCUGUGGGCUCUGCUCCACGGCUGCAGCGUACCCCUGCUGGCAGCAUGGUCCUGCGGGUGGGGUGUACAGAGCUAACAGGCUGCAGCGUACCCCGUCUGCUGAUGUGGCCUACACACAGUGCCUGACAAGUGAAUGUGGUUCGUGGACUGUGAUGUGUCCCCUCCACUGGCACUGCUGUUUGACCUUGCUGGGAGCCACGUGCCUGUCGUAAGCCGCAGCAGAGAUUAAAUGGCUGUUAGUGGUGGUUGCGAGUGGUGUGUGUUCGUGGGGGUGCUCUCACUGGUGCUCAUUUAUGGCUCGCUGUGGUUUUCUGUUAAUCGGAGAUACUAAUUGUGCUGCCACACCUACGUCUUUGGAGCAUUUUAGGAGUGUUGGUUUCCACACUGCAUCAUUGCCCUUGCUUGUCCCUCUUCAGGGCUUGCCCUGGAGGGAAGUCUUGGCAUCAGCAGCCUGGAAGAAAGAAAUCUGGGCUCGUGGCAGCUUGUGUCCUGGUCACUGUGUGACACCACCUGGAGGUGCUGCCCAGAACACUUCUGUGUUCAGAAGAACCUGUCCUGUCUAGGGCUUGCCAGGAACUUUGCACAAGACCAUCCCACAUGGGCCUUUGUGGCUGGGAGUGGUACACUUCUGAGCACUGAGUGGCGUUACUUGUGUUUUACAUGUAUCUAAGCAUCAUUUGCACAUAAGAGUAUUUGCCUGUUCAAGUACUAGAGUGUUUUAAGAACUAAAGGUUUUGUCUCUUGGAGCUGCUGCCUUUCCUCAGGUGAAGGUUUCACCUGUGCUAUGCUGGUCCUACAUGAAGUUACUGGAGCUUCAUGGUAUUGAACUCCGAGUGUGCCAAAGACUUCAUCUGCAUGACUUUGCACUGGAGGUGCCGGGCCCGGCUGGCAGCAGUGUGUGCAGGAGCCAAGCCCUCGCCCGUCACCGCAGUGCCCCUGGGUUGUGUAUCCUCCCAACACAAAAACAUUAAAAGCAAAUGCCCUGUGUUCUCCAGUUGUGGAGCUCUGUGGUGCAGAACUGAGCCUGGGGCAGUAGCGUGACAGGGACUGUAAUGUCUGAUGGUACAGGGUAUGUGCUGUACAGGAGGGCUUUCUGCCUUCUCUGGAAAGCGUUGUACCACUUCCAGCUGCCGGCUCUGGAAUCUGCUGUGUUUGGAGCAAAUUCAGCCCAGGGACAGAGAGAGGUUUCCAGGAUCCUCUCUGGUUGUCAGAGCAUUGGUUACAGAGUGAAAGUCUCUGGAGUUGUGGCUCUGUGUCACAUGCUGGUGCAUUUUCAUGCUAUAAACCAAGUCACUUGAAAGACCAGAGGCAGCUCCUCUGGCUAAGUUUGGCAGGAAACAUUCUUUUCCAAGGCUGGAUUGAUCUUUCUUAAAUCUGUGUAGUGCUGAAGCCUGGGGCUGUUCCUACAGGCAGGGUCUGAGCCAGCUUCCUGGCGGAGAGAGGCUCUGGUGUGGUACAGCAUGGAGCAGGAGGAGCAGGCCGGGUGGUGUACUGCCUGCAUCCUUCUGUCCCGUAACACUGGGACAGGGAGCAGCUGCUCCGAUAAGCCAGCUGCUCUGUGGCUGGUGCUUGGGUCUGAAGCUGGGAGGUGAAGUACCAAGGCACCAUGAGUGAGCUAAUCCACUCAUGGUAGUGGAGGGAUGAGCAGUUUGGGCAGUUCAUAGUACUGGUUCUUCUUCAUUUCUCCAUGAGGUCUCUUGAACAUUAAAGAUACCCAGCCAUAAA